CCCUCUGCCUUCUCCUCAGGGCUCUCCCUUGCUCAGUCGGCUCAUCCCACUAACAAGGGGGGAUUAUAUUUUUUUUUACCUGCGUUUGAAUGUGUCCACUUCUUUUCUCCCACUUUCUGUGUAAUACCUGGUUGGAGGAGUUGGAGGUUGCUUCUACGGAGCAGCAUUGGACCCAGCUGGAGCUCCAUCACUGAGCUGAGGAGGCAGAAGACAGGGACAUUUGGGAGAAGAAGAGGAAGAAGGAACCAUGGGUGCGAAAAAGGAAGAUGUGGAAAACUUCCUCAAAGGGAACCCUGCGUUUGCUCAACAGUACUUUGCCAAGAAAAUGAAUCCUUCUGCUGUAGCGAAGAUAUCAGGACUCCCAGAGAAACAAGUUGACUUCAGUCAGUUUCAAGAGCUCAGUCAGGUUGAAGAAAGCCAAAUUAUGUACGACCUGAUCAAAGACAUGCAAGAAAACAUCAACGUGGAAAAGGUGGUUUUCAAGAUCCUGAAGAGAAUCAGCGCUCUCAUCCACGCCGACCGCUGCAGCUUGUUCAUGUACCGGCAGCGAAACGGCAUCGGAGAGCUCGCCACAAGGCUCUUCAACGUCAGCACGGAGUCUGAGCUGGAGAACUGUGUGGUGCCACCGGACUCUGAGAUCGUCUAUCCGCUUGACAUGGGUAUAGUCGGCAACGUGGCCCUGACCAAGAAGACCGUUAACGUGAAAGAUGUCAAACAGAACCAGCAUUUCAGCUCAUUCGUCGAUGAACUCACGGAAUAUGAGACCAAGUGUGUUCUGGCUACACCCAUCCUCAACGGCAAAGACAUGGUGGCCGUGAUCAUGGCGAUAAACAAGACCACAGGACCUCAUUUCACUGCUGAGGAUGAAGAUCUUUUUUUAAAGUAUCUGAAAGUUGCCUCUUUGAACUUGAAGAUCUACCACCUGAGUUACCUCCACAGCUGUGAGACACGUAAAGGACAGUUGCUGCUGUGGUCUGCCAACAAGGUAUUUGAAGAGCUGACGGACAUCGAGCGACAGUUUCACAAAGCCUUGUACACAGUCCGAGCCUACCUCAACUGUGACCGCUACUCUGUUGGUUUACUAGACAUGACAAAGGAAAAGGAGUUCUUCGACAUCUGGCCAGUGCUGAUGGGAGAACAGGCACCUUAUUCUGGCCCCGUAACUCCAGACGGCAGGGAAGUAAUUUUCUACAAAGUGAUUGAUUAUAUACUACAUGGAAAAGAGGACAUCAAAGUAAUACCCAAUCCACCUGCUGACCACUGGGCUUUGAGUAGUGGACUGCCGACUUAUGUUGCUGAGAGUGGUUUUAUCUGUAACAUUAUGAAUGCUGGUGCCGAUGAAAUGUUCCAGUUUCAGACAGAGCCACUGGACAACAGCGGCUGGACCAUAAAAAAUGUUCUGUCGCUGCCAAUCGUCAACAAAAAAGAAGAAAUAGUUGGUGUGGCCACGUUUUACAACAGAAAAGAUGGAAAACCUUUUGAUGAUCAGGAUGAACAGCUCAUGGAGGCUUUGACCCAGUUCCUGGGAUGGUCAGUUUUGAACACGGACACUUACGACAAGAUGAACAAGCUUGAGAACCGGAAAGACAUCGCUCAGGACAUGGUGCUGUACCACGUCAAAUGUCGGGACGAUGAAAUUCAGAAUAUCCUGAACACCAGAGAAGUCUACGAUUGUGAACCCAGAGACUGUGAAGAGGACGAGCUCCUGGGUAUCCUGAAAAAAGACCUCCCUUCAAUGAUUAAGAAGUUUGAGAUCUAUCAGUUCCACUUUUCGGAUUUCAACUGCUCAGAGAUGGACCUGGUGAAGUGCGGCAUCCAGAUGUACUAUGAAGUUGGAGUGGUCAAGAAGUUCCAGGUCCCUCAAGAGGUGCUGGUCCGUUUCAUGUACUCAGUCAGUAAAGGCUACAGAAGAAUCACCUACCACAACUGGCGUCACGGCUUCAACGUGGGGCAGACCAUGUUCACGCUGUUAACGACAGGGAUGUUGAAGCGAUACUACACUGACUUGGAGGUAAUGGCCAUGAUCACUGCAGGAUUCCUCCAUGAUAUCGAUCACAGAGGGACCAAUAACUUGUACCAGGUCAAGUCUGGGAACCCUCUGGCUAAGUUACAUGGUUCCUCCAUCUUGGAAAGACACCAUUUAGAGUUUGGAAAGUUUCUCCUGGCUGACGAGUCGCUGAAUAUCUACCAGAACCUUAACAGGCGACAGGUCGACCAUGUGAUCCAUCUCAUGGACAUCGCUAUCAUCGCCACUGACCUGGCUCUUUAUUUCAAGAAGAGAACGAUGUUCCAAAAGAUCGUGGACCUUUCACACACAUAUGAGGAUGAAAAGAAGUGGGUCGACUUCAUGUCACUAGAAACAACCAGAAAAGAGAUCGUCAUGGCUAUGAUGAUGACCGCAUGUGACUUGUCCGCUAUCACAAAGCCUUGGGAAGUGCAGAGCAAAGUUGCCUUGUCUGUGGCAGCAGAGUUUUGGGAACAGGGUGACCUGGAGAGGACAGUACUAGAACAACAACCCAUUCCCAUGAUGGACAGAAACAAGUCAGCAGAGCUUCCAAAGCUGCAGUGUGGUUUCAUUGACUUUGUGUGCACAUUUGUCUACAAGGAGUUUUCUCGCUUCCACCCACAAAUCACGCCGAUGCUGGACGGCAUCCUAAACAACAGGAAGGAAUGGAAUGCUAAAAAAGAAGACUAUGAAGCUAAACUCAAAGCCAUAGAGGAAGAAAAGGCUGCUAAAGAGGCAACAGCGGGCAAUAAAGCUGCUGCGAACAACCCCAGCGGUGGAGGGUCGGGCUCCAAGACCUGCUCCAUGUGCUAGAAGUCCAAAGAACUGAGUACAUUAUGGGGACGCACAUGGAUGCUCAUGACGGAUUGAUCCACAGUCAGUCAACUGGUCUCUCUGCCAUGGAAAAAAAUGUCGUAGAGGCACAAAGGCAGACACACGAACGCACCGCCCCGUAGUACUUCUUCAGAAACACUGGCUCCAAUCAGAGAAGAAAAACCUGAAUAAGGAGAGAUCCCCACCAAGAAAGGUUUAUCUUUAAGGGAUACCAACCAGGUGAGCCAAAAAUUAGCUCAGAACAAAGCAGGAGAUCUCCACGUCUCCAUCUCGUUUGGUAAGAUGAGGAACAACAGAAACAGUCCUGAGUAGCCGACGUUAUCCAUGUCCUAAAAACUCAUUGUAUUGAAAUGAAUCAAGAGUGAAGGAGAUUUUUGCAUUUCAGGUUUCUCUUAUCUUAAAAACUGUUAGCUAACACGGAUGUAUGUAUGUUUGAAUGUAUGUCCUUGUUGUGAAUCAAACGUAUAGAUGAAAACUUUUAUAUAUUUUUUCCAGUUUCUUAAACUAGUUAUCCAAGCAUUACAGACCACAACUUGUGUGUGUGUAUAUAUAUAUAUAUAUAUAUAUAUAUAUAUAUAUAUAUAUAUAUAUGUAUAGUAUUUAAGAAUGAACAGUUUUCUUUAAAUGUUUUUAUGCCCACACCUCUAUAGACUGUACAGAAUGUUUGGAGCUCUAUUUUUCCAUGCGUUGUGCAUUAUUGUAGUUUUUAGAGAACAUUCAGCAGAGAAUGGCUAGAUUGGAAUGUCCUCCUUUACUCUUAUUCCUUCCAGUCACUCACUAUUUACAAAUGAGAGUUUGUUUACCUUGACAGCAGAGAGCCAAAGAUAGAUGUUCAGUAACGCUACGGUAAGAAUGGAAACUCCUCAUAAAUAUCAAUGCAGUGCAGUAGAGAUAUACAGGGUGUCCAUAAAGUCUCUUUUCAGUUUUAAGAAUUUAUUACAGCGGCAGUAGAUGGGAUAUCUUAACCAGAUUUGUUUUAUUUUAACUAGUGUUUAUUGAAGUUUGUAAUCAUAUUGAAAUUGUGUGUUUCAGGUAUCCUCUUGGUGAAAGAGGUACUGUUACAUGAAACCCUAAAAAAUGGCUACUCCUCAAGAGAUGGCACAAUGUGUAUGAUGGUUUGAGACAAAAUCGGAUGUGCAAACUCAGUGAAACUACAGAACUAAGCAUGGAAGAGAUCCACCAUCACAUCCUUCAAUUCAGGCGUGGCACAAGAAAUUUAUGGAGACCGAGACAGUGUUGGAUAAAGUGUGGCGUGGGCGACCAAGAACGUCAGAGGAAAACGCCGCGUUUCAUUUAACAGUACCUCUUUCACCGACGGGAUACCUGAAACACACAAUUUCAAUGUGAUUACAAACUUUAAUAAACACCGAUUACAAUAAAACUAAUCUGGUUAAGAUAUCUUAUCAACUGCCUUUGUAAUAAAUUCUUAAAAUUGUAAAGAGACCUUAUGGACACCCUGUAAGUUUGCUAUGAGAAAACAGGUGUGUAGCUGCUUAUUCAUGAUGCCUUUAUACUGUAUAUACGUGUGAAUGGGAGAGUAGCCUCAGACGUAUUUUACAAAUAUAGUGUAACAAAUGUCUUAUUAAACGAGAACAGGUUUUGUCCAGGAAGUCAAGUGGUUCCAGAUAAAACGGAUUGUUCUUUUGGUUAAAUAUGACUUUACCAUAUUUGGCUGUAUUGACGGUGAACAGAGAAAAGGGAUGUCAGUGUAAGCGUGAUCAAACACUGGGACCAGCAGGUUCACUUACACCUGUUUAAAGAGUAAGUUGUUUUACAUGAACUAACCUCAGCUUUGGGGCCACUCAGCCAGAGCACAUCAGCAUAUAAGAGUAAUAAUUAUAGCAAACAACCAUCAUGGGUUUGAUCUAAGAGGAAACCCAGAUAUGAAAGGAAACACAAGAAGAACAUGCAAACUCUUAAAAAGACAAAAAAGACAAAAAAAGAUCAGGUCCAAGACCUCAACUCAGGACUGAUGAGCUGCGAGCCAUCAUCAGACUAUUCUAACAGCGACGUCUGUAUUCAGGCCUGGAAGUCAACAAAGACACGCCUGUUUGAGACAGCGUGAAGAACAAACCGAGCUUUUGUCUAAUGACUUGUACAUACUGCCUCCCCUCCUGUAAAUAUAGUAAAUAUGUUGGUAGUGUACAUAGAAAUGCUUAUUUUUUUUAAGCUAGUAAUAUCUGUAAACUCUGGCAAAUGAGUCAUUAAGUUUCUUUUUCCAUUAUUUACUGAGGUACCAGUUUAUGAUGCUUGCCUAAAUUUACGGAUGUCAAAGUAUUCCACAUAUGGAAUUAAGGUUUGGGUGUAUUAAAGGUGACUCUGUAGUGUUAGGGAAAUGAACCAGAAUGUGCUGUGGAUACGCCCAUGACAUUUUUAAAUAGCUGGAGUUACUUUAGUGUUUCAAAGCUUGCCUCGUCACGUGUGUACAAUAAUCACUCAAUAAAGCAAAUGUAUUUUUA